GACGUGCAGGAGGAGGAGUAUUUUCCCCUGCACCCCCACUGGACACUGGUCGGGACCUCAGAGCAGAUCGAGCUCAGGCAGGAAAAGCAAGUGAAGAAGAUGAAGACGCUGGUGGUGUUUCUGCUCUGCCUGGUCCUGCUGACCGUCUACACAGAUGCCAAUCCUAUCAUUAAGGAGAGCUUUGCUAAGCAGCUGCUCCGCAGCAAGAGGCAGAAGCCCGGCUACCCCGACGAGCCAAUGAGGGAGCAUCUGCUCCACAUGCAGGCUCUGGAUCAGAGGGCCAAGGAGACCAACAUGGAGAACUUGCUGAAUCCCCACUGCCCCCCUCGCUGCGACAGGAACUACGGACACCCUGUUUGAGGUUGAUGACAAAGUGGAGGACCAGAAGAGACAACACGACUCAGCAACAGCAGCAGUGAAAACGAUUGCUUUUGCUUCUCCUUAUAUAUAAUGACCAUGUGCAGAAUGCUGAAUAAAUGGUCAAGCUCCA